AUGGAUCGCCAUGGACUGGAUAAUCACGAUGAUCCCCCUCCGCCUUACGAAAGUCUCAGUGACCCGCGACCGCCUCCUCCCGACGGGAACCCUGCCUUUGCGUCAGGGCGGCCAAACGGGCUGGACGCAUGGGACUUCAACAACCACCAAGGCUCACCUGCGGCUGGACGGCGGCGGCAAACAAGCGACACGUUCUUUGGCACAUUCGAUCUCCGCGACAUGGACGAGUACGUGGAGGACCCAUUUGCGCCUCCGUCAGAGCCUGGCAGGCCAACUGUCGUGAAAGGUCGCUCGGACCUGAAGUGGUUUUACUGCCACUACAAGGUGUUUCCGGCGUACUGGCGAUGCCCGCGAUGCCCGCCGAACGACUGCUUCCACAGAUGGGACAUGGGGGCGAUGCUUGACGUCCAACGACACGACUUGCCGACCUGUCCUCGUCCAGGCUGUUUGGCAAAAGCCACCGACGAGUCGUUUUUGGUCAAUGCGCAGAAGGAGGACAUCACGACGGUGUCGGGUGCGAAUCUCAUGGAAAGCCGCGCGCAGGAUUCGUUCAUGUGGUGCUGCCGGUGCUGGAGUCUACGGGGCUACAUGGCCAACGACCAGAACGGCUGCGCUCACUGCGCCGACUGCACGCAGAGCGAAUGCCGGGACUGUGUCCGAUGCAACAAGUUCCUUGAGCCGACCAGACUCUGCACCGGGGACCUCGUGUACAAGGGGGUCAUGGACCUCCACGCACGCGCGGUUGCCAUCAUGGAGGGGCGCAGCCCAGACUCCAUUGCAGAGUUCCGUUCUCGUGUGCUCGAUGAGAUGCCCGAUCAUCUCCACGAUGGCACCGACUUUGAGAGGGCGUGCCGGGCGCUUACGUUGUCCGUGCGCGUGAACAGAGACGGCCCCCUGAAGAAGCAGCAUUGGCUCGCCCACCGCUCACUCCGCCGCCCACCACCCGGGAACCUCUUCUCCGGGAGCCUCUUCCUAGAGAGCCUCUUUUCAGACAACCUCUUCUCAGAGAACCUAUCAACCCAGAGCUUCUUCUGCGGCCAGCGCGGAGACCUCUCCCUCUUUCCCCUGAAGCUUUCCGACCCCUGCAAUUUGAGCCGUACUUACACCGUCGAGUAUCAACUUCAGACCUAUACCCUACGUAUCUUCACCACCACCACCACCGCCGCCGCUGCCGCAGUCCUUCGCUCUCCUCGACAGAAAGCCUAA